AUGUCUGAUCUAGCCGGCCUCACUGAUGUCACGGACAGUACCUCUCCACGUGUGGCGAUUAGCGGCAGCGGAUCUGGAAAGCUUUAUCAAUUCUAUUCUCCAAAGACGGAAACCGAAAGUCGAAGGUCUCAGAACAGCUUUCAUGUCUUGACGAACGGUGUCGAACCAAGUCUUGAGUUUCUCUCCUCUUCGACGCCUCCGGGUGGGCUGCAGCGCCGGAUCGAGGACAGCAUAGCAAAGCUCGUAAGACGGACGACGGAGAACGUGCCCAAACCAUCUUAG